AUGAGAUUAUUAGCCCUAUUGUUCUCGUGUGCCACUUUGUUUGGUGCAAUUGCCUUCGCAGCCGAUCCUGCAAUUACUCAAAAGGUCUAUUUUGAUAUUAAACAUGGCGAAAAGGAGAUUGGUCGUAUCGUUAUGGGAUUGUAUGGGACUGUGACUCCAAAGACUGCUGAAAACUUUUACGAAUUAACUGUUUCUCAAGACCCUAAGAUGGGAUACUUGGGUUCUAUUUUCCACCGUGUGAUCCCUCAAUUUAUGAUUCAGGGUGGUGAUUUUACGGAUGGUUCUGGGAUUGGUGGUAAGAGCAUCUACGGUGACAGUUUCGAGGACGAAAGUUUUGAAGUUAAGCACGACAAACCUGGUAGAUUGUCAAUGGCUAACCGUGGACCUGACACCAAUGGUUCGCAAUUCUUCAUCACCACUGUGGCUACCCCAUGGCUAGACGGCAAACACGUUGUGUUUGGUGAAGUAUUAGAGGGUAUGGAUGUUGUUCACUACAUCGAGAGCGUUCCUAAGGACAGAAGAGAUGCACCUUUGGAGGCUGUGACUAUCGCUGCGUGCGGUGAAGUUGAGACAGUUCCUUUGGGAAAGGAGGAAGUAAAGCAAGCACAGGAAAAAAUCCGUGACGAGUUAUAG